GCGGGAAUCUAGACUAGGAAAGCAGCAAGCGCCUCCUCCAGGAUGGGGGGAACGUAGCGCGCGUAUUGCGUAAGAGAAACGGACGUUGGCGCCGGGGCCGGAAGUCCCUCAAUUUUGUGUUUUCCGCUUUUCCCCGGCUUCGCUGUCUCGUCUCUUUUUUUCCUGCGCUUUUAGAGAGAAGCCGUGCCGUCCGGAAGUCGAAAGGUCUCCAGGGAGUACCAGAAGGGUUUUAGCCCUGACCCUUUUGAAUACCGAGCAUGCCGCGUUCGCGGGGCGGGGGCCGGAGCGGGCAGGAGGCCGGCAGAACUGAGCUGGUAUCCCGCUCGCUGCAGAGUGCGCAGCAUUGCCUGGCCAGCCGGGACUUCGGCACGGCCUACGCGCACUACCUACUUGUGCUCAGCCUGGCGCCCGAGCUGCGGGACGACGUCAAGGAAACCUUUCAGUACACCCUCCUCAAAUGGGCAGAAGAACUAUAUUCUCUGAAUCGAGUACAAGAUUUAUUUGGUUGUUAUGAGCAUGCUUUGGAACUUUUUCCUGAUGAUGAAGUGAUUUGUAACAGUAUUGGGGAGCAUCUGUUCAGAAUGGGCUUUAGAGAUGAAGCGGCUGGCUAUUUCCAUAAAGCAGUGAAGCUAAAUCCUGACUACACUGAUGCAAAGGAAAAUUUUUAUCGUGUUGCAAACUGGCUGGUGGAGCGCUGGCAUUUUAUCAUGCUUAAUGAUACCAAGAGGAAUAUGACUUAUAAUUCAGCAAUCCAGAAGGUGGUUCGAUUGGGAUGCAAGACUGUUCUGGAUAUUGGAGCAGGAACUGGAAUACUCAGCAUGUUUGCUAAAAAUGCUGGUGCACAUCGAGUCUAUGCCUGCGAACUGUCAAAGACCAUGUAUGAACUUGCUUGUGAUGUAGUGGCAGCAAACAAGAUGGAAACAGGGAUCAAAUUAUUACAUAUGAAGUCUCUGGAUAUAGAUGUUCCCAAGCAUAUUCCUGAGAGAAAAUAUGUGAAUAGAAUAGAACUUAUCCCAUUUCUCCAGGAUUUCAGAAAUGGUUUGUUUGGAGAAGGAAUUGUGGAGAGUUUGAUUCAUGCAUGGGAACAUCUACUUUUGCAGCCAAAGCCUAAAGGUAAAGAUGGUAAUUGUGAAGAAUAUGGACAAGUCAUACCUGCAGGUGCUGUUGUAUUUGGGAUGGCCGUAGAAUGUUCAGAGAUACGAAGACAUCACAGGUUGGAUGUUCAGGAUCUUGCUGGUGUUCAUUUACCAGCAAAUGUGAAAUUUCAGAGUUUGGCAUAUUCUUCUAUAGAUUCUGAAGAAACAAUUGAACCAUAUACAACAGAAAAAAUGAGUCGAGUUCCUGGGGGCUAUUUGCCUCUAACAGAGUCCUUUGAAUCUAUGGCAGUAGAUUUCAAUAAUCUUCAGGAACUAAAAAACCUUGCAACAAAAAAGCCUCAUAAGAUGAUUAUUCCUGUGAUUCAGGAAGGAGUGCUAGAUGCUAUCGUGGUCUGGUUUGUACUUCAGCUAGAUGACGAACACAGUUUAUCAACAAGUCCUCAUGAAGAGACAUGUUGGGAACAAGCCAUCUACCCUGUGCAGAACCUCCCAGAUUAUUUUGUGAAGCCUGGAGACCAUGUGACGAUGGAAGUUUCCUGCCAGGACUGUUACCUGAGAAUCCAGAAUAUUCAUAUUAUAAAUGCUGAUCAUGAAAUGGAUGUUGAAAGAAGUUCUAAUAAAAAUGAGGAAGAGUCUCAUGCUCUAGGCAGUGAGGCUGAACUCUGUAGUGCUCUGGCUGGCCUUCAAACCAGUAAACCAGAUGAAAUCAGGCAGCUAUGCACAUUGGAGUCCACAGAAAUUGCUUUGCUUAAUAAUGUUCCCUAUCAUGAAGGAUUUAAAGCUGCCAUGAACAAAGUGCUGACAUCAUUGGCCCCAAGUAAACAGUCACAGAUCAUGGAUGUUGAAGAUGGUGGUGGUGAGAUGAACUCUGGAAAUUCGCAAGGUGGAAAUUCCAUACACUUUACUACUGACCCUUUCUAUGUAUUAGAUGUAUCUGAGGGCUUUUCUAUUCUGCCCAUAAUUGCUGGGACACUGGGGCUGGUAAAACCAUAUAGUUCUGUGGAGAAAGAACAACACCGUCUCACUCUUGACCUCAUUUCGGAAGCCAACCACUUUCCUAAAGAUACACUUGAAUUUUGGUUGAGACACGUGGAAGAUGACUGUGCAGUUUUGCAGAGACCAAAAUCAGACAAACUCUGGAGUAUUAUCAUCUUGGAUGUCAUUGAGACAUCUGGCCUCAUCCAGCAGGAGAUGAUGGAAAAAGCAGCAAUAUCUAGAUGUUUAUUACAGUCUGGAGGUAAGAUCUUUCCUCAGUAUGUACUAAUGUUGGGGAUGCUUGUGGAGUCAAAGACGCUGAUUGAAGAGAAUGCUGUUCAAGGGACUGAGCCAACUCUUGGAUUGAAUAUAGCACCUUUCAUUAACCAGUUCCAGGUUCCUGUACGGGCUUUUUUGGACCUUUCUACUUUGCCCUGUAUUCCUUUAAGCAAACCAACUGAACUGCUAAGAUUAGAUUUGAUGAGUCCAUAUUUGAACGAUUCUAACAGAGAAGUGAAGGUGCAGAUUUGUAAAUCUGGACAAGUGACUGCCAUUCCAUUCUGGUAUCAUGUAUAUCUUGAUGAAGAGAUUAGCCUGGAUACAUCAAGUGAGACUUCACAUUGGAAACAGGCUGCAGUGGUGAUGGAUAAUCCCAUCUCAGUUGAAAUGGGACAAGAGCUUGUACUCAUUGUUCAGCACCACAAGAGCAAUAUUAGCAUCACAGUUAAACAGUGAAGGGCCUGCAGUCAGGCAAUUAGAUUUUUAUGGCAUUCAUCAGUAAUGGGAUUGUAUUUCAUAAAAGUGAAUAAGAAAAACACAUUUAUUGUAAUGGUAUCUCUAACAUGUUUUUAGAAAAAAAAAUAAAAUUUUUAUUUAAAAGCUC